AUGGACGUCCAGAACAAGGAAGCUGUCCUCGCUCCCGAGGCGUCUCCCUCCACCCAGCCUCAGGAUGUCGAGAAACAAGACGGACCACAAGACACGCGUCCACUCCAUACCUCCGCCUUCAAGAGCCUGGGACUUCUCGACCAGUUCCUUGCCUUGUGGAUAUUUCUGGCCAUGCUAAUAGGCAUCCUGCUUGGGAACUUCGUCCCUAAUACUGGUCCUGCUUUGCAACGUGGUGAGUUUGUCGGAGUGUCAGUGCCAAUUGCGGUUGGUCUGCUCGUUAUGAUGUAUCCCAUACUGUGCAAAGUUCGGUUCGAGACCCUUCAUCACUCUUUUCGAGAGAAAGCAUUGUGGGUGCAGAUUGGCUUCAGCAUUGUAGUCAACUGGAUUAUUGCUCCUUUAUUCAUGCUUGCUCUGGCAUGGGCUUUCCUUCCAGAUGAGCCCGCCUUGCGAGAGGGUUUGAUUCUGGUCGGCAUUGCACGAUGUAUUGCCAUGGUGUUGAUCUGGACCGGCCUGGCGGGAGGUGACAACGAGUACUGUGCAAUCCUGGUUGCCAUCAACUCCCUUCUUCAAAUGAUCCUAUUUGCACCACUUGCAGUCCUCUUUAUUGUCGACAUUAGCCAUUCUCACGAGGGCGUCGACGUCGACUACCGCCCGGUGGCAAAGAGCGUUGGCGUCUUCCUCGGCAUUCCGCUCGCAGCUGCCAUCGUGACGCGCUUUACUCUACGAAACUUGGUGGGAAAGGAAUGGUACGAGAGGGUAUACCUCAAGCUGAUCGGUCCAUUGUCAUUGAUCGGCUUACUGUUCACCAUCAUUGUCCUCUUUGGAUCACAAGGCCGGCGGGUCGUCCACCAAAUCGUCUCAGUUGUCAGAGUGGCGGCGCCGCUGGUAGUGUACUUUGCUGUCAUAUUCACUUUGACAUUGCUGAUAAUGAGGAGAUUUGGAUUCGGCUACCGACUGGCCUGUACUCAGAGCUUCACGGCCGCAAGUAACAACUUUGAGUUGGCCAUUGCCGUGGCCAUUGCAACAUAUGGUGUGGAUAGUGACCAGGCCCUUGCGGCAACGGUGGGACCGUUGAUUGAGGUUCCAGUCUUGCUUGGCUUGGUAUAUGUGGUCAGAUGGUAUGGACGACGAAAGAACUGGACCGCUUAG